AAGGGGCAAUCCGAAAUCCCCACACACUUUAUAAACCCCUUUUUUCCACUCCCAGUGUUUUUCUCUCGGUCUCACUGUCCCAAGUCUUAUCAUAACUCCGCCACCAAUGUCGUCUUCCGCCGCUCCGGCGCAUCUCCUACCCCUCACAUCCUCUGCCGCCUCCCGCCGCCGCUGCUCCAAAUCAUCGGCCACCGCCUCUGUCUCCCGCCUCCACUCCCCGGAAUCGAUUGUUCAAUCUAAUCUCCCAUCUGCCGCCCUCAGUUCCUCCCUUCAAAACCCUAAACCCUCGAAAUCUCCACCUUUUCUUCUCAACUACCUAAUUUCUCCCAAAUCUCUUGGUCCCUCCGCUGCCUCCUGCAUCCUAUUCCACCUUGCCAAACCUGUCUUCUCCGGCAGCGGCUAUAUUUUUAACUUCGGCGGCGGCGGCGGCGGUGGCCAAGGUGGAGGUGGAGGUGGCGGUGGCGGAGGAGGAAGUGAUGGAGGGGAAGGUGGUUGUUUCUGGACUCGCAUUUUCUCUCCCGCGGCUAUUGCUAAAGACGAUGAGCCCCAACAAGAAUGGGAUUCCCAUGGAUUGCCGGCCAACAUUGUGGUUCAGCUAAACAAGCUCAGCGGCUUCAAGAAAUACAAAGUUUCUGAAAUCUUGUUCCUUGAUCGACGACGCGGCUCAACGGUUGGCACGGAAGACUCCUUCUUUGAGAUGGUGUCUCUCCGGCCUGGGGGCAUUUACACCAAGGCGCAGCUCCAGAAGGAGCUGGAAACCCUAGCCACCUGCGGAAUGUUUGAGAAAGUGGAUUUGGAGACAAAAACGAAUCCGGAUGGCACCAUUAGUAUAACCAUUCCGUUCCUGGAGUCCACAUGGCAGUCUGCUGAUAGAUUCAGAUGUAUUAACGUGGGAUUGAUGCCGCAAUCCAAGCCUAUUGAAAUGGACCCUGAUAUGACUGAGAAGGAGAGAUUGGAGUACUAUAGGAGUCAGGAGAAGGAUUACAGGAGGAGAAUUGAGAGGUCAAGGCCAUGUUUGUUGCCAAUACCUGUGCAGAGGGAGAUAUUGCAGAUGUUGAGGCAGCAGGGCAAGGUCAGUGCACGGUUGCUGCAGAGGAUUAGGGAUAGGGUGCAGCAGUGGUAUCACGAGAAUGGAUAUGCAUGUGCACAAGUUGUGAAUUUUGGCAAUUUGAAUACAAAGGAGGUGGUUUGUGAAGUGGUGGAGGGUGAUAUUACGCAGUUAGUGAUUCAGUUCCAGGAUAAACUUGGGAAUAUUUGCGAGGGGAAUACACAGUUCCCUGUGAUAAAGAGAGAAUUGCCAAAGCAGCUUCGCCAAGGACAAGUUUUUAAUAUUGAGGCUGGGAAGCAAGCACUAAGAAAUAUAAAUUCAUUAGCCCUUUUCUCCAACAUUGAGGUAAAUCCACGUCCAGAUGAGAAGAAUGAGGGGGGCAUUAUUGUUGAGGUCAAGUUGAAGGAACUGGAACAGAAGUCUGCUGAAGUUAGUACAGAGUGGAGUAUUGUUCCAGGUCGUGGUGGUCGUCCUACAUUGGCUUCAAUCCAACCAGGUGGAACUGUUUCUUUCGAGCAUCGAAAUAUUAAAGGUUUGAAUAGGUCACUUCUUGGUUCAGUGACCACCAGCAACUUCCUCAAUCCGCAGGAUGAUCUUGCUUUCAAGUUAGAGUAUGUCCAUCCAUAUCUAGAUGGCGUGUACAAUCCUCGCAACCGUACCUUCCGUGCUAGCUGCUUCAAUAGUAGAAAGCUAAGUCCAGUCUUCACCGGGGGACCUGGAAUCGAAGAAGUUCCCCCUAUCUGGGUUGACAGGGCUGGAGUUAAAGCCAAUAUUACGGAGAAUUUCACGCGCCAAAGCAAAUUUACUUAUGGACUUGUGAUGGAGGAGAUAACAACACGUGAUGAAAGCAGUCAUAUUGCUGCAAAUGGUCAAAGAGUGCUGCCAAGUGGUGGAGUCAGUGCAGAUGGACCUCCCACGACCCUCAGUGGCACUGGAGUUGACCGUAUGGCAUUUCUGCAGGCAAAUAUAACUCGUGACAAUACCAAAUUCUUAAAUGGGGCUAUAGUUGGUGAGAGAAAUGUAUUCCAGCUUGACCAAGGACUUGGAAUUGGUAGCAAGUUUCCGUUCUUUAAUCGCCAUCAGUUAACGGUGACCCGAUUUCUCCAGUUGAAGCAAGUGGAGGAAGGUGCUGGGAAGCCACCACCGCCGGUUCUAGUCCUCCAUGGCCAUUACGGUGGCUGUGUUGGGGACCUUCCCAGUUAUGAUGCCUUUACCCUGGGGGGACCUUAUUCUGUCCGGGGUUAUAACAUGGGAGAGUUGGGAGCCGCAAGAAAUAUACUCGAGCUGGCUGCUGAGCUGCGGAUACCAAUAAGAAACACACACGUCUAUGUGUUUGCGGAGCAUGGGAAUGACCUUGGGAGCUCAAAGGAUGUCAAAGGAAACCCCACGGAGGUGUACAGGAGAAUGGGUCAUGGAUCCUCAUAUGGUGCUGGGGUGAAGUUAGGAUUGGUGCGAGCAGAGUAUGCUGUUGAUCAGAACUCGGGAACUGGUGCAAUAUUCUUCCGGUUUGGAGAAAGAUUCUAAGAGGUGCCGUUCUCGGAAUUUUCCCAAAAUUUGAGUUGAGGCUAUAGGUUCUCUUUCGGAAGUGUUCAUGAUUUUCUUAGAUAUUUUCACGACUCUGAUUUUCGUUAAACUCGGUUAUUAUUUUUAUUUUCAGUUUAGCAUAACGUGUCAUUUAUGAUUCAUGUUAUAGACUAAGUAAUCAAACAUUACUAUUGCAUUCGAUAAUGUAGGAGAGCAUAAUGGGUGUGGGCAUGCUAAACCUCAACCUUUUCAGUGUGAUCUAUUGUUCAGGUUGCGGACCUUGUGAUUUUUCCUAUAAGGACUAACACUAUACUAUACUUUUCAA